CCUCGCCCUCCUCCUUGGUAGGCUGGGCUCGGCUAAAGAAGCGCAGGUUUCCGCCGCGGCCUUGGCCUUGGCCUUGCAGUAACUUUUAGAAGUACCAAAUUUCUUGCUGAUGCAUUGAAAUCAUUUUAUCAGUUGCUAGAAUGUUCAAAAAUGAAUAUCAGGGUGGCCCGUUUGUUGAAAUCUUCAGUGCUCAAGGCAAGAAUACUGGGACCAAAUGGAAAAUUUUUGGCAAUCCUUCAGUAAUAGGGAAAGAAUACGAUAAGGAAGUGAAAGGCUUCGUCUUUGUUCUGGAAGGAAGCAGUCAAACCAACAAGAUGCAGCUUCCAAAGGAAACUAAGCAAACUCUUGGACUGAUCCAGCAAUUUUUGGUCCUUCAGAUUUAUGUACCAUUGGGACAAGAUUUCUCAGCUGAGUUACUUACUGUCAGUGUGUGAUACACUUUUCCUGAGAUGGGAAUGACAGUGUCCUUGUCAUGUAACCUUAAUAUCAAAGUGAGGCAGAAAGUAUUAAGGUUUG